GAUGGAGGCUCUCUUCUACAACGCGGACACUGGAUUCCUCGAGGGAAUCGUGAGGGGCUAUAAGGCCGGCCUGCUCGCCCAGAACCAGUACAACAACCUGACCCAGUGCGAGACGAUCGAAGAUUUCAGAACGCAGCUGUCGGCCACUGACUACGGAAACUUCCUCGCCAAUGAGUCUCUGCCAAUCUCGACUUCUACAAUUGCGGACAAGGCGACUCAGGUCCUCGUAGACCAGUUCAAUUAUCUCCGAAGCAACGCAGUCGAGCCUCUUGCUACCUUUCUAGACUACAUCACUUAUGGCUACAUGAUCGACAACGUCAUCUUACUCAUCACUGGAACGCUCCACGAACGCGAUACGCACGAGCUCAUCGAACGAUGCCACCCGCUGGGCGUGUUCGACUCUAUGCCCGCGUUGUGUGUUGCCUCAAACGUCGAGGAGCUUUAUCACACCGUUCUCGUCGAGACGCCUCUCGCACGUUUCUUUCGCGACAGCAUUACGGCCUCCGAACUCGACGAUUUGAACAUCGAAAUAAUCCGGAAUACGCUUUAUAAGUCCUACCUCGAAGACUUCCAUACCUUUUGCCAGAAGAUCGGAGGCUCGACCGCGGAGAUCAUGUCUCGUAUCCUUGCAUUUGAGUCCGACCGCCGCGCAAUCAACAUCACCAUUAACUCCUUCGGUACCGAGCUCUCGAAGGAGCAACGUGCACGCCUCUUCCCGUCCAUCGGACGGCUCUUCCCUGAGGGCAACAAUCAGCUUGCACGUGCAGAUGACAUCGAGCAAGUGCGCGUGGCGUGUGAGCCGAUCGCAGAAUACCGCGCAUUCUUCGACUCGUCAGCUUCGGGUGGUGCACCUAGCACCGCGAACGGGAGCACCGCGCACCUUCUUGGCGAUCUCGAUGGCGGCGGCGUCGGCACAGAGCUUGAGGACCGCUUUUUCCUGUACGAGGUGCACCUCAACAAGCAAGCGUUUCUACAACAGUUCCAAUACGCCGUAUUUUACGCGUACAUCAAGCUCAAGGAGCAGGAGAUUCGCAGCUUAACAUGGAUUGCGGAGUGCAUUGCCCAGGAUGCCAGGGACAGGAUACAAGACUUCAUUACGAUUUUCUAAGCAGGGAGCUCCUGAACUGCGUACUUAAUGGGCUUUCCCACAUUUCCACUUCUGUUUUCUCCGAGUAUCUCUUACGCCAAGAAUGUACCACUUUCGGAUUACCCUUUUCCGUGGGAUAC